CUUCCUCCUCACCCUAAUCUGCAUGAUAUCCGAACCCUAACUUGUUUUCUUUUAUACAAAAUAAUAGCUUCUUCGACCGAACAGCAAGUUUCCAUGGACACGCGUCGUGUCUCACGUGCCGUCCCCAGAGUCCGCCAAGUCGGCUUCUUCACCCCCAACACGCCGGCGCAGCACCCUGUUCCUACACGCUCCCAAUCAGGCCCUCCGACUUCCGAUUCGCCGCCACUCUCUGGUUCUCCCGCCAGCAACUCCCUCUCUCCUGUCAUGAUUCCGCCGGCGCGUCACCUCUCCGACAACCUUGGCGGACGUACCGCCGCUCUCCCCGUUCCCAGACAUGGAAACGCUGGAGACCAUGCUAUUGUCGGAAGCUACAACCCCUCGGAGUCUGUGUUGUGGUUGGAGUCACCGACUCGUAGUCGAAUUGGAGAUGAAGAGUUCUCGGAGGGGACGGACUGGUAUCGGAGGAGUAAUUCAGCGAAGUUCUCGUCAAGUUUGCCCAGCGGGGGUUUCAAUUUGUCUCCAGUGAAGCAGCCGGGUAGUGUUGCUGCACUUGAAGCCAAGAAUCCACUGCCUGAAAAAAGCGAAGCGCAAAAGGAGCAGGCAUCAAAUUCAAAACCCCUAAAAGCGAAAACAACGAAGGCUGAGAGGCGUGCCUUGCAGGAAUCUCAACGGGCUGUUAAAGCUUCUUCUAAAGCUGAGGCAAAUAAAUCUAGUACACCUGGAGGAGCAGCUUCUUCUAAACCCAUGAAGCAGCCACAACAAAAGAAAGAUGGUCCUCCAGUUGCAUCUUCAGUUGCCGCUUCUGAAAGAAUAGGAGUUGAUCGACCAGUAGAGAAAGAGAGGAAGAAAGAUCUUCCUCCUCCACGAAUGCAAUUUGAUGAUGUUAGUCGUGUGGGUAAGGCUAAAAGGCGAUCUGUAUUGAAUCAACCUGAAGCUAGGAAUAGAGUUGAACUCUUUCGCCAUCUGCCGCCACACAAAAAUGGAUCUCAGCUUCCUUAUUUGGAAUCAAAAUUUUUUGAACUUCAUGAAAUGCAUCCUGCUGUGUACAAGGUUGGAUUGCAGUAUUUGACUGGAGAUUUGUCAGGAGGAAAUGCUCGUUGUAUCGCAAUGCUUCAGGCAUUCCGGGAAGCUAUCAGAGACUAUUACACACCACCAGAAAAAACCCUCAACAGAGAUUUAACUUCCAAAAUUGGUGGUUUUGUUUCUUUUCUGAUUGAAUGCCGCCCACUUUCUAUGAGCAUGGGAAAUGCAAUUAGGUUUCUGAAGAGUCGUAUUGCCAGGUUACCACUAACUCUCUCUGAAUCAGAAGCAAAAGCAACCCUUUGUUCUGACAUUGAUCGUUUCAUAAAUGAGAAGAUAGUUCUUGCUGAUAAGGUAAUAGUUAGGCAUGCUGCUACAAAGAUCAGAGACGGUGAUGUUCUUCUGACAUAUGGAUCAUCAUGUGUUGUUGAAAUGAUUCUUUUGUAUGCCCAUGAGCUUGGGAAACGGUUUCUCGUUGUGGUGGUAGACUCGCGUCCGAUGCUUGAAGGCCAAAAGCUGCUACGAAGGCUGGUGGCAAAGGGCCUGAGUUGUACUUAUACUCAAUUAAAUGCUAUUUCUUAUGUCAUGCAUGAAGUCACCCAAGUUUUUCUUGGGGCUUCCUCAAUAUUUUCUAAUGGGACUGUAUACUCAAGGGUUGGAACUGCAUCUGUUGCUAUGGUUGCUCAUGCAUUCGGUGUUCCAGUUUUGGUAUGCUGUGAAGCAUAUAAAUUUCAUGAAAGGGUGCAGCUUGAUUCAAUCUGCUUUAAUGAGCUAGGUGAUCCAGAUGCCAUAUCAAAGGUCGCAGGAAGAGUGGACCUAAAUUAUCUGGAUAACUUGACUGAUAAACAGAAGGAAAGCCUUCAACUUCUUAAUUUAAAAUACGAUGCCACUCCUUCUGAUUACAUCUCGGUGAUUGUCACAGAUUAUGGCAUGAUCCCUCCCACGAGUGUGCCUGUGAUCGUGCGUGAGUAUCGGAAGGAGUAUUUGCUGAUAUAGAGUUGGUACUUGUUAAAUUUUAUGCAAAAUGAAAGCUCUUCACGUAGAGUCAGAAAGGAAUCCAUUUUGGCGAAGACGGUACCAUGAUAUAUGUUAUUGUAAUCCCGUGGUAACUAGAUCAUUCUGUACAUCAAAAUCAUAAUUUUUGCCAUUGUCGAAUUAACUCGAAUCUCAAAAGUCUUGUCUUAAUAAAUAGAAAGAGCUUU